CCAUGUGGUAGCAAUGCUAUGCAUCUUUAACGGUGUUGACGUGUCUUUUUGUUUCUUGACCAGAUGCUGAGCAGAUCUGGAAAUCGCCAUCAUCUUCUCCGUUUUCUCAUCCAGCGUUUCCACCGUCGCCACCUGACCUCGGAUGGUAUGCCACAUGAACUUCGAAGGAGCACGGAAGUGAAUGGGACCAAAUCAGUCAGCUUGGUGUUCAUACUCGGAACCUGGUCUUGUUGGCCAAGUCGUCACUCCUGCCGUCAAGGAAGAACUUGAGGGUGGUGUCAAGUCUUUAUCCCAGAAACUAUCAGCAGCUCUUCUAAAUAUCAGUAUCAAGGAAGACUUGGUCAAACAACAUUCAAAAGUAGCAGAGGAAGCAGUUGAAGGUAUCUAAAACUCUUACCUACUUUAUAUGUUCCAAAAACACCAUCUGACCAUUAUGCCCUUCUCUCUUUUGUGAAAAAUGACAUGAAUGUCCUUAUCAUUCUCAUCAUCAAGAGUAGCCUAGAGAGUUUGUCAAGUCCAGUCCUGUCUAUUCCAGUCUUGUCAUACGUUAAGGUCAACGACCUAAUUUUGGAACUUUGAACUUGAAAUGGAACAAUUAACUUUAGACUCGGAAAUAUAGGUUUCAAUCUCACUACCAAAGUAUUUUCGUCUUUUCCUUUUUUUUUUCUUCAUAUGCAAUUUGAAUAUAUGUUGCUGAUAUUUGUUAAUUUUUUAUUGGCCAAGUCAAAAGAAAAUCUUAAAAGUUUAUUAAUUUACUACAUAUCGAUAAUUAUAGGUUCUUUCAUAGAAAAAUGAUGUUGAUACAAUAAAACUUUAGAAAAUAUCCAGAAAAUAG